CUUUUGGGGUUGGAUUGGUUCCCCUAUCUCGGCCUUAGCUUAACGGGAGUUCAUGCUGUCUCACCUUCCGAUAUCGACUCGCUAUUUUCAGACUAUGCUGAUGUGUUCAGCGAUGAAUUGGGUUGUUAUAAGGGUACGCCCAUCUCCUUUUCAGUGGACCCCCAAGCAGUUCCCGUCCGUUUAAAGCCACGCAGAGUACCAUUUGCUCUGCGCUCUAAACUGGACGCGGAACUGGACAAAUUGCUCAAACAAGGGGUGAUCGAGCCCACGGAUUUUGCUAAGUGGGAGACCCCAAUUGUCACACCCCUAAAAAAAGAUGGCAGUAUAAGAAUGUGUUCUGACUACAAGACCACAAUUAACCGCUAUCUGCAGACUAGCGCAUACCCAGUUCCGGUGAUCCAACACUUACUUCACACAUUGGCCGAAUUGCAAACAAUUGUCACCUACAGAGGGGCAUUCCGAUGCAAACGUCUCCAAUUUGGCGUUAGCGUCGCUCCAGGCAUAUUUCAGUCAUUAAUGGAACGGAUACUGCAAGGCCUCCCUGGCGUGGUCCCGUAUUUUGAUGACAUUUUGGUAUCAGCCCCACUGUUGGGGCUUCUCUCAGGUGAAAAGCAAACACCGCAAGUCUUGUCACCUAGGAUGACUAGGUGGACCUUAUUACUGGCGGCUUACUCGUACAAACUAGUUCACCGUCCAGGAAAACACCUGAGCCACGCCGACGCCCUCAGGCGCUGCCCGUUGCCAGCACCCGUGGAGGACCCGGCCCCGGUACAUGCCAUUUUCGAUGCCAGUGAGUUCAACAUUCCCAUCACUGCCGGCGACAUCGCCCUCCACUCCAAAAAAGACAAACUUAUCACCCAGGUUCUGGACUGGGUACGGAGGGGGUGGCCGGGCAACGAUCUAUCAACUGAAUUCUCACUGUUUAAAACCCGCCAGCAAGAGCUUUCCAGUUUGCAGGGCUGCCUGUUGUGGGGGACCAGAGUUGUCAUUCCAGAACCACUGCGCACACCCGUCCUGAAGGCGUUGCACGAGGGACAUCCCGGCAUCGUCCGGAUGAAAGCGUUGGCUCGAAGUUACAUCUGGUGGCCGGGCAUGGAUGACGAAAUAGCAAAAUGGGUAAGCUCCUGCCGUCCCUGUCAGGAAUCCAGGCCAGCACUGCCAACCACCACCCCAACCAAAUGGGAAAGUGCCAACGCACCGUGGUCACGUUUGCACAUUGACCUGGCCGGGCCAUUCCACGGCAAGACUUUCCUGGUGGUCAUUGAUUCAUUCUCAAAAUGGAUCGAUGUGGCCCUCCUACUCGCGACCACCACCCGAGCAAUUGCCCAGGCUCUGACCCGCCUAUUUGUUACACACGGUCUGCCUGACACCAUAGUCUCAGACAAUGGGCCCCAAUUUACGUCCACAGAAUUCAGCCGGUAUGUCACCAACCUGGGCGUCCGACAUAUCCUGACGGCUCCCUUUCACCCCGCUAGCAAUGGGUUGGCGGAGAGAGCCGUUAGAACAGCAAAAGAGGCGUUGCUACUGAUGGGCAGACGUUUAAGGACAGUGUUAGAUAGACUG